GGAACAGGGAAACUGUGGUUUGCUGCUGUGGCACGAACCAAAACAGCCCCUGGAGUCAUCGUGUGUGCGUAAGCUGGGGAGUGGAGAAGGUGACGUGAUGAAGUGCUGGUAAAAACCACCGUGAGUGGGAAUGAGGAGGACAUGACACCACAGUGACAGAGAGGGACUGAGGAGUGGCCUGGGAGUGUUUUCCAGGAGUGUUUCUCCAGGAUUGCUGCCUCCUAGGGAGGGGUGAGGAGCAAAGAACUGGCAACGGGGACAAAAAUCUUUGAGCUGUGCAAGAGUCCAACUGCCCAGUGCUGGCUUUUAUCACAUGCUGGGACAAGGAUCACGUGGAGAGGCGGGGAGUCAGCCCUGCAGAGCCAGGUGGCAUCGUGGUGUUGGUGCUGGGAUCUGGAGCUUCUGCCCCGAUGGCAUCGGUGACCCAGCAGCAGAUCCAGAAGUUCCACAAGGAUGGCUUCCUUGUCCUGGAGCAGUUUUUCAACGCAGAGGAGUGUGACAGCAUGAGGAGCCAGAUCCAGAGGAUCGUGGCGGAGAUGGAAGUGCCGCCGCACUGCCGCACCGCCUUCUCCACCAGGGAGGAGGAGCAGCUCCAGCAGCAGGGUAGCUCGGAUUAUUUCCUAACCAGUGGAGACAAGAUUAGAUUCUUCUUUGAGAAAGGUGUUUUGGAUGAGAAAGGUAACUUUCUAAUUCCAAAGGAGAAGUCUGUCAGCAAGAUUGGCCAUGCUCUACAUGCUUAUGAUCCUGUCUUCAAGCAAAUCACCCACUCCCCCAAGGUGCAGGAACUGGGAAGAAAACUAGGCCUUGAGAGACCAGUAGUUGUGCAGAGCAUGUAUAUCUUCAAGCAACCUGGCAUUGGUGGUGAAGUGACACCACACCAGGAUGCCAGUUUCCUGCACACGGAGCCCCUGGGCAGGAUCCUGGGGUUCUGGAUUGCCCUGGAAGAUGCCACACAGGAGAAUGGCUGCUUGUGGUUCAUCCCUGGCUCUCACACCAAUGGGAUUACCAGGAGGAUGGUCCGUGCAGCUUCAGGUGCCUCAACGUGUGUGGAGUUUGUAGGCUCAGAGCCAGCCUAUGAUGACAAGCAGUUCAUACCCCUGCCCAUAAGGAAAGGUGGACUCAUCCUCAUCCAUGGUGAGGUUGUCCAUAAGAGUGAGCUCAACAGCUCGGAGUCUUCUCGCCACGCGUUCACCUUCCACGUGAUGGAAGCCAAGGGCACCACCUGGAGCAAAGAGAACUGGACCAUUAUCACAGCCCAAAACUGCAUAGACAGAAGCUUCUACUGCAGCAGGAGCCCUGCCAGUAUGAGAGUAGUCACCCAGUCCUUUCGGAGAGGAGUUAAUAAUUUAGAAUUCUGCUGAGGAGGAGGAUUUGUCCUGACUUGCACCACUACCUGCAGUGUGCAAAACCAUCUACUUCAAGUGCAGAAAUAAAAUUAAAAAAUCUGGAUUGAUUGGCAGGAUUUCCUGUUAAACAUGAAGGAAACAGCCCAGCAGUUGUUGGGUUUCCUACAGAGUAUCUGACAAUUUACUGUGUUAGUAACCAGCUCUGGCAUCCUCAGGAGAAGCAGCACCAAAUCCCAGGAGCCCUUCCCAGGCAGGAGGAUGAAUUGGGCAAUGCUGCUUCUCAGCUAUUCCAGUCCUGGCUUGUUGCAGGGACACACAAUUUUGGAUUCUGGAGCCAAUUCUGCUGACUCAGGGACUGGUUUCACUCCCCCCCUGGUCUUAGGCUCCUUCCCAAGGCAUGGUCUCAGAGCUACAGGCCUGCAGGACAGUGUUGUGUAAGGUACCUUGGACUUCUCCCAGACUGUUCCCAAAAGUGAAUUUAAAAAGAGUCAGAAGUGAACUUCAUGUUGCAAACUAGAAGCCUGGGAUGACAAUCUCCUGCUUGGACACAUCCCUGGAGACAGGAAGGACACCUCUGUGUUGUUCUAAUGGACACUGGGCAAAACAGUGAGAAGAGACUGUUGAUACAGAAGGGUUUCAUACAUAGAAAUGAAGUUGGUUUUUUGGCCACAAAAUUGUAGUUAUAAUUUUAAUUACAUGGAUGGAAUUCAGUAGCUUUAGUCAAUUUGUUGAUAGGAGUAUUUUUAUACAUUAUUUGAUUAAACAUCUGGCUGAAAAAAUGGAAAAGUAGGAAAGUGUAAUAGUAGAAAAUUUUAUUGACUUCAACUGAUUUUUCUGCUCUCAGGAGUAAUGUGUAAUUAGUUUUAUCUGUGACUUUGCUUAAUCCCCCCCCCCCCCAUAUUCAUUCCAAAUUAAUUUGGAGAUUAAAUCUUGAGAAAGAUAAAACAUUUUCCUUGCUGAAGCAAACUAGCAAACUUCAGGGCUAAAGAUUCACUGUUCUUAUGAGUAUGGUCUGGAAUGAGCAGUGUCUGACAUCCCCAAACCUUAACCCUGGAUAACUCAGCUGUGGCAGCUGCUGAUUUUGGAGUUGUGUUUGUGCAUCGUGGUGUGGUUUUGACUCCUGCUGAUGAGGACUGGACAUAGCUGGACACUUGUACCUGGUUCCUCUGCCCCCCCCUUGUUAUCAAACAUGCUUUACAUCGUGCUUAUACAGAAAUGAGAGUUCACACAUCAAACACAAGACAUGGGACUCGGUACAGAAAACAAGGUACAGUACAGAGGUAUCAACAUCUGAGAGACCUGCUUGUUUAUUUUGUCCUCUCUAAUUGACUUACCUCUUCUUCCUCUGCUUCCCUUGGGUACCCAGAAGAAACUUAAAUUGGAUUAUUAAACACAA